GGAGGCAGUCAAAGAGGAAAUUCGCGCACCGUUGAAGUCUCUCCCGUAGUUUGUGCCUGGAUACAAUCGUCGUAGAGCAUUUAAUUUGCAAUAAAGGUGAGGCGAAUAUGGCGACGUUGGGACCAGACCCUCGUCCACAUUCCCAGCUCGCAUCUACCUCUAUACAAAGUAACAUUAGCGGCAAUAACGUGCCAACUAACCGUGGCUUGGAAAGAGCGUUGGAAGAAGGAGCGAACUCCGGGUUUUUUAACCUUAGCGCCAGGAAACUCAAAGAAUUCCCUGGGACAGCAUCUAACUUUGAUUUAUCAGAUACAGUGGAAGCAGACCUGUCAAGGAAUCGUUUGGCAGAGGUCCCCUCGGAGGUGUGUCACCUGGUCGCCUUGGAAUCGCUGAACCUCUAUCACAACUGUAUCAAAACUAUUCCUGACACCAUCAUCAACCUACAGUCACUCACCUCCUUAAACCUCAGUCGGAACCAGCUGUGUGCUCUGCCAGCCUGCCUGUGUGGGUUGCCCCUACGAGUCCUCAAUGCCAGCAACAACAAGCUGGUGUGUAUACCUGAGGCCAUCGGUCAGCUCAGGAGCCUCAUGGAGCUGGAUGUGAGCUGUAAUGAGAUCACUGCUCUGCCCCGUCACAUCGGCCGACUCAAGGCCCUCCGAGAACUCAACGUCCGCAGGAACCUGCUCUGUGUCCUACCUGAAGACUUGGCGGAGCUUCCCCUGGUGAAAUUGGACUUUUCCUGUAACAAGGUGUCUACCAUCCCAGUGAGCUACAGGAAGAUGGCCCAGCUCCAGAACCUACAGCUGGAGAACAACCCCUUACAGAGCCCCCCUGCACAGAUCUGCAUGAAAGGCAAAGUUCACAUAUUUAAGUACCUGAGCAUCGAGGCAUGUCGAAGUGACAAGAUGCCUGAUUCUCUCUACCUGCCUGUCAUGGAGCGCCUCAGCCUAUCACGACCCGCCACCGGCAGCACGGAGGACAUUGACCAGAAUAAGAAACAGGACACAGACUCAGGAGUUGGCAGCGACAACGGGGACAAAAGACUGUCUGCCACCGAGCCUUCAGAUGAGGACAGCUUGAGUCUCAAUGUCCCCAUGUCCCACAUCACAGAGGAGGAGGGGCUAAGCAAAGACGACUCUAGUGAACACAUCAGCACUCUAACAGCGGACCCCCACGGGGACGGGGUGCAACUGAUAGAGGAAAGCCCAACAGAGGCCCUGAAAGACCUGAAGGAACAGUUAGGCUACAGAGACUCCUCUUCUGCUCUCAGCAACCGCUUCCGCAGCUACAUCAAGGUGUUCCUGCUCGUGCAGGGACGGACGCCAGACUACGACGAGCCCCUCAGGAUAGAGGAAGACACACACUGGGCCUCUGAACAGACGUCAAAGGUCACAGAAGGAAAGCACAUUGCCAUGAUCAACCAGCUGAAGGAGGCUGUAGAGCUACUACAAGACCCUAACAGAGUGAGUAUGGAAACAGAGGACCUAUCUGGAGUUCAGCUUUACCCUGUUGAGAUGGUCAUGGUGGAAGACUCUCUCAAUGGCCAAGACAGUGACGGCAGUGAAGAACAAACCACACCCAAGUGGGACACUCCUGAUGGAGGCUUUGAGUUCCAGAAGAAACGAGAGUUGAUUCUAGAGAGGGCCAGGCUGGAGGCCCAGCUUGCAUACCAACAAUAUGAGACACAUAUGUCCAACCAGCAGGGAGAAGACAGAGUUCCAGGCAGCGGUACCACGUUUACCACUCCUCCCACCCCUCCCUUCGGGUUGAAGCCCCGCUCAGCCCCUGCCUCACUGCCCUGCUCGCCCCAGCCCUGUUUCCGCCCCCUCCUCACACAGGCCCUGUCCGUCGAUAAAGACACUCCCCCUAGACCAGGCGAUGGAGUCAUGCACACCAGUGUGUUCCUGAGGACCCAUAAGAGUCUGGAGUCUGUGGAUCCUCAGUUCACCAUGAGGAGGAAGAUGGAACAGCUGAGAGAAGAGCUGGAGCUGAUGGAACAACUCAGAGAGAGUAUAGAGAGCAGACUGAAGGUGGCUCUUCCUGAAGACCUGGGCUCCUCCCUCAUGGACGGGGUGGUGCUCUGCCAUCUGGCUAAUCACAUUCGCCCACGCUCCGUGGCCAGCAUCCAUGUGCCCUCGUCCGCGGUGCCCAAACUCAGCAUGGCCAAGUGUCGAAGGAACGUGGAGAACUUCCUGGAUGCCUGUAGGAAGAUGGGCGUUCCCGAGUCGUCCCUCUGCUCAGCAUAUGACAUCAUCCAGUGUCACCUGCGGCCGAUCCGUGUCACCGUGUGCGCCCUGGUCGCCAUGGAGACCCCCACAGAGGGGAGGAACUCAGACAGACAGGGGGAGGACCCGAGUCCAAACCCAAGCCCUGCCCCAGAGGUGUCUACACAGGUCGCCUUGGUUCCGUCUCCCGCCUGGCAGCCCUGGGACCUGAUUGGCUCGAGCCUAGUACAUGUGUUCUGUCUCCUCCUGCUGUUUGUGGCCUAUAGCUGGAGCGAGCUGACGUAAUGCCACCUGACAAUCUCCUGUCAAAGCCCCCCCUCCCGCAUGUGCCAACACAUCUCCGUCCGCAAUCCUCCUCUUUCUUCAACCUCGUUUCUGUGCUCUUCUCCUCUGCCCAGAAAAAGCUGCUGACUCACUCACCUAGUGUGUCUCUCUUUUAUUCAUGCACACAUUACAGAUGCACACCAAUAAACUCCAAUAAAUACCAACUCACAACCUCGCACACAUGCAUUCAUAUACUGUCCUCAUCAAUACUGCACAUUCCAACUGUUGAAAGAAUCCUGGAGCUUGUACACAAGGGGUUUACCAGAAGACUCUUUACAACUCUUUGGCCAAUGUGUCAAAUCAAGCCUAUCAUGUUGGAUUCUUGGCUUUAUUAAUGCCCUCUGGGGUCACAGACCGGGUUGUAUGGGGUCAUACACUGUCUCUUGGUUCCAUACAGCCUAUCUAGUUUGGGUCCAGGUAAGCACAGAACAUUAAUAGGGUUCCUCUAUCAAGCUGGAUCUUGGCGCUUUUUUGUCGCAUUGGUUUCUCUCUUCAAGACACAUCAAAUACAGGUACAAUACUGUCUGCUCAAAGGAAAUAGUAAAGCUCAAUAGUGAUGCCAUCUAUGACACAAAGACACAACAAACAGUGUAUCAGUUUGGACCUAAUAAACACACCACUUAUGACUAGACUGUAAAAUGUCACUACAGAACACUGCCACUAAAUAAGGUUCAAUAAUCACGUCACUACUGCACAUCUUUACCCCCCCGUCCAUCUACAGGUAACUACCAAAAUAAUGGAAACGCUUGAGUAAAUGAUGGAUACAAAAUAUAUUGAAAGUAGAUGCUUCCACACAGGUGUGGUUCCUGAGUUAAUUAAGUAAUUAACAUCCCAUAGGGUCAUGUAUAAAAAGGCUAGACAGGCCAUUAUUUUGGCUACUAUGGCAAUGUCCCCAUAGCAAGACAGAGCACAAGUGAUCACUGAGUGGUUUGAUGAGCAUGAAAACGAUGUAAACCAUAUGCCAUGGCAAUCUCACUCCCCAGAUCUCAAUCAAAUUGAACACGUAUGGGAGAUUCUGGAGUGGUGCCUGAGACAGCGUUUUCCACCACCAACAACAAAACACCAAAUUAUGACUUUUAUUUGUGGAGGAAUGGUGACGCAUCCCUCCAAUAGAGUUCCAGACAGUUGUAGAAUCUAUGCCAAGGUGCAUUGAAGUUGUUCUGGCUCGUGAUGGCCCAACACCCGAUUAAGACCCUUUAUGUUGGUGUUUCCUUUAUUUUGGAAGUUACCUGUACGUAAACUUUCAUAUCGCUAUAGUUGAUUUACCCUGGGGGAGUUACAUGACUACAGUAUGUAGAAGUUUUGGGCCGACUAUUGUAUUAUUGUCGUGGUUCAGACUGUAGACUUAUUUUCUUACUUUAAAACCUCAUGAAGAUACAUUGGAUGGAAGUUUAUUUUACCCAGUGACUGCAAUUGGUACGCCAUUAUACUAUUAGUUCUGUGUGUUUUAACUCAGCCAUUGCUGUGAGGCUUUAUAAUGACUUGUAUAUCUGAUGGUGUGAAUGGAACUGGUAAUAAAUGUAGUUACCACCUCUCCUA